AUGAAGUUUGUCAUUUUAGCCAAUUCUUUUUCUUCGGCUUCAGAAGCUUUAUCUUGGGCUGAUUUUGAAUCACAACAUCUUGAUUAUUUGGUUGAAAAUGAAAUUAAUUUAUUAAAAAGGAAAGGUGACGAUGACAGUGAUGAUGACAGUGGUAAUAGUACGGGUAUCGGUAUUAGUGGUGGAAUGUAUUACAUUCAAUAUCAAAAGGUCAUGGAAACUAUAAAACAAGAAUUAUUUGAAGAUAUUAUUUCGAAAAAAUAUGAUCAUACGGGAACUAGAGUUGUUAGACUUUUACAUAUGAAAGAUAAACUCGAAGAAAAAGCGAUUGCGACUUUUACAUUGAUGACUGCAUCAGAUGAUGACAAAAAUUAA